GCGAAUACGGCCAACUGCGGCGAACACGUUGGGCACGUUUGGUACAGGUGGGCGGCAACGCGCGAGCGGUCUGAAAACUAGGAAGCACCUGUUGUCAAACACAAUGAGCACAGUGGAGUGCUACAACUGUCAUGAGGUGGGCCAUAUGGCUCGUGCAUGCCCCACAGCAGAGACUGAGACCAAGGCCAACUCGACAAAGCCAUCCCAGGGUUCGUCGCCGAGCACGAUCGAGUGCUACAACUGUCACGAGGUAGGCCAUAUGGCCCGCUCGUGCCCGACGGCCGAGCCGAAGACCAGCUCGACCGGCGCCAGCACCGCCACGACGAGAGGCCGUGGCCGCGGCAGAGGCGGACGCUCCGUCUUCAGAGAGAAGUGCUACAAGUGCAAUCGGAUGGGCCACAUGGCGCGCGACUGCACGGCCGGCGAGGACGUGUGCUACCGCUGCGACCAGCCGGGCCACAUCGCGCGCGACUGCACCAACCCGCAGGUGGAGCGGCGCGGCCGCGAGGCCCUCUGCUACAACUGCAAUGGCACCGGCCACCUGGCGCGCGACUGUCCCGACACCGACAAGACCUGCUACACCUGCGGCAAGAAGGGCCACAUCAGCCGCGACUGCGAGGUCGACGACAGGAUGUGCUACGUGUGCGGCAAGAGCGGCCACAUUUCGUCGGACUGCACCGAGGCCAGCGGCGAGGAGAAGAAGCGCAUGUGCUACACGUGCAAGUCGACUGAGCACAUCAGCCGCGACUGCCCGGACAAUCCGGCCGCCGGCGAGGACUCGUGCCACAGGUGCAAGAAGGCCGGCCACAUCGCUCGCAACUGUCCCAAGUGUUACACGUGCGGCGACUUCGGCCACAUGGCUCGGGACUGCUCCAGAGAUGGGUAGAGGCGUGCGGACACCGGGCCAGCCACCCUGCCAGAGCCGAGCGCUUCAGCGGUCUGCCGUCGGCCGGCGGCGCCCAGCGCGCGGGCCAGCGCCGCCCGCCGGCGCCGCCCAGAAAAUUCACCGACGAGAAAUUGGGGAGAGAAAGACGAGGGAGACGACGACGCCACGCGUGCGCGCGCGCGCCUGCGAGAGGCGCACCCGUUCGGGAGAUGUUUGGAGAGUACGGUGACGUCACCGGAGAGGACGUCACGGAGCGACCCCGGCCCGGUUGGAGUGGAGCGCUGGGGUCUGACGAGGGGGGAGGGGACGGCCGGCCACGCCAGCCGCGGCCGCCCUGGAGUUACUCGCACUUGGUUGGGAGCGCAGUUUGUUGAGUAACAGUGCCCCGCUGCGGGACUUACACUGGCCGUUGAGUUGGCAGCACACUGCUUACGCUAUUGCGCGUCAGGUCUGCGCCGUCCGGCGGCUGCUGGGUGGCGCAGACUGCGCUGUUUGGUUUGUUCUUUACAAUAACAACCCACUGCGGGCUUUCGAUGGUCGACUUCUGAAAAUUCCUGUGCCUUGGACUCGGAUACGCGGUUUUGGAGCAAUAAAAUCUGUUGCAACUUCCGACA